AUGCCCGAUACGACAAUUCAGAAGGAAAACACCAUGUCAUAUGAAUAUACUGGGGACGGGACUCUUCAUGGUUCCUCUUGUCUGGAUUUACAGCAAUGUUCUGACUCGAGCGAAAAUAGUGGACGACAGAAUGUUUUGCGCACAAACCAUAAUUUGAAUAUCAGCAUCAUUGAGUUCCCAAGUGUUAGUCAUGUCGAGGAAAUUAUUUAUAACGACAAAGGAUCUUCUGUAAAGAAUAAUAGAUGCACCUUGUCUUCAUCCAAGACUACGAGUACUUUACUGACGAGCGAUGCUGUUAACAAUACACCUUAUAUUGGAGGAUACGAUAAAAUCAGAAUAGAAGAAGGCAACGGACAGCCUUUUGCGAUAAUGGCUUAUUCCCAAUUGGAUGCGAUUCUGCCUUUAAGCCAUUCGCCUUCGCUCACGAAGAAUGAGUACAGCUCAGAAGCAAUGCUGUCCAAGAAUAAAAUGGAGAAAUUGGAUUCUGCAGCAAAUAAAGUUGUGGAAAUACGAAGAACGCCUAAAGUUUCUAGAUGGAUGAUAUUCAUGAUGCUAGUUGCAAUUUUAAGUUUAACUGGUUGCCUAAUUCCAGCCAUAUACUUUUCAAUUCGGGGAUCAGAAUUAUCUUUUUGGAACCAUUUUAAUGCUCUAUCACCAUAUGCCAAAGUGGACAUGGCUAAAAAACUUUUAACAAGAAAUCAUCAACAUGGUACAAUAGGUGUUGCUGGUAUUGAAGCCAACAAUACGGGUUUUUUAAAAGGAUUAUCAUAUUCCCCGUCUGUUGUUCAAAUCGAAGCUUGCGUGUAUACACUUGAACAAGCAUUAAAAGACAUGACUAUGCUCUCCCAAGUUACAAACAGUCUAAGGACAUAUGGAACGGAAUGUAAUUUCAUUAACAUAAUUAUAGAGGCAAUUGACUUAUUGGACUUGGAUAUGAAAAUUACCUUGGGUGUCUGGCUAUCCAAGGACGAAAAAGCAAACGAAGCUAGAAUUCGUGAAACGAAGACACUUCUAAGAAAUCACCCUCGGUACUUCGAGAAUAUUCUCAUGGGCAACGAGGUUCUCUUCAGAGAAGACCUAUCUGAAGAACGACUUAUUGAAUGCAUUAAGGAUAUACAAAUGUUCCUAAAGAGCAUUGGAAUUGCUGUGCCUGUUGGUACAUCUGAGAUUAGAUCUAGAAUCACUCCUGAACUAAUCGCAGAAUCUCAAGUGGUGGGAAUCAAUGUUCAUCCGUUUUUAACUGAGUUAGAUCCUCGAGAAGCAUCACGGUGGGUCGUAGAUACCCUCUACCCAGAUUUGAAUAUCUUCAGUGGUUUCAACACUACGCUCAUUAUAAGUGAGAUUGGAUGGCCCUACUACGAAGACACACCAUCCGGCGCCUUUGCUGCUCAAGAGUUCAUGAACGCAUGGGUUUGCGAAGACAGUCCAAAAUUAAACGUGCAUUGGUUUUACUUCGAGGCUUUUGAUCUACCUCUGGUGAAAAGAGUUUUCAGUGGACAUCGUAAACAAUGGGUAGCAGAUUGGGGAGUUUUUGCUGCAGACGGGAAACCAAAGAAAAACACAGUGGUACCAAACUGUAAUCUUUAA